GGGAUACAGGUGGGUCACGUGAGGUCAGGGCCUCUUUUAUAGCCCCAUCACCACAGCUGGCUCUGUCUUCUGCCACCCACACCAGCUGUCCCACUCGCCAUGGAGAAGAUCCUGAUCCUCCUGCUCGUCACCCUCUCGGUGGCCUAUGCGGCUCCCGACCCACGGGGGAUUAUUAUAAACCUGGAGGAAGGUGAGCUCUGCCUGAAUAGUGCCCAGUGCAAGAGCAAAUGCUGCCACCACUCGAGCUUGUUGGGCCUGGCCCGCUGCGCACCACUGGCCAGCGAAAACAGCGAGUGCUCUCCCAAGACGCUCUACGGGGUUUACUACAAGUGUCCCUGUGAGCGUGGCCUGACCUGUGAGGCAGACAAGACCAUCACGGGUACCAUCACCAACACCAACUUUGGCGUCUGCCACGACAUUGGGCGUUCCAAGCAGUGAGACCGCCCACCCACUCCCAAGCCUAGUCCAGCGUGCUGCAGGCCUCAAGAUGCAGGGGCAUCUUUCCCCUGCUCCAGGGCCUCUCCUGGGCUGGCCACCUCCUUGACCAGCGCCUCUGUCUUCUGAUUGGGCUCUUGACAAUUAAAGGCCUCCCGCAAACCUUU